ACCAAACCAAUUUAAGGGAAGAUAAAUUGGGGAAUCGCUGGUUUCAAAAGCUAGGGUUUUAGGGAUUCCAUUAGCAAACUGAGAAGAAGAUGACCACCAGAAUAGCUCCCGGAGUGGGGGCGAAUCUCCUAGGUCAACACUCGGCGGAGAGGAACCAGGACGCCACCGCCUACGUCGGCAAUCUCGACCCUCAGGCAAGUGAAGAGUUAUUAUGGGAGUUGUUCGUUCAAGCUGGCCCAGUUGUUAAUGUGUAUGUUCCCAAAGAUAGAGUCACUAAUCUCCACCAAGGGUAUGGCUUUGUAGAGUUCCGAAGUGAAGAAGAUGCAGACUAUGCAAUAAAAGUUCUCAAUAUGAUCAAGCUAUAUGGGAAGCCAAUACGAGUCAACAAGGCAUCACAAGAUAAGAAGAGCUUGGAUGUAGGAGCAAACCUUUUUGUUGGAAACCUGGAUCCUGAUGUGGAUGAGAAACUGCUCUAUGAUACUUUCAGUGCUUUUGGAGUUAUUGUGACGAAUCCCAAGAUAAUGAGAGACCCCGAGACGGGAAAUUCCCGUGGAUUUGGAUUCAUCAGCUAUGAUUCUUUUGAGGCUUCAGAUGCAGCUAUAGAGUCGAUGAAUGGACAAUAUCUGUGCAAUCGUCAGAUAACCGUGUCUUAUGCUUACAAGAAAGACACAAAGGGAGAGCGUCAUGGUACCCCUGCAGAGAGGACCCUGGCAAGCAGCAACCCUACCACUCAGAAAAGUAGGCCCCACACAUUGUUUGCAAGCGGCCCCCCUACAAUUCCCAAGGUCGGUCAACUGAAUGGCGCUGCACUUCCUCCACGGCCUUUCGCAAAUGGUGCGGUUCCACAAGUUUCAACUCUUCCGGCAAUCCCUCCCCCUCCACAACACGCUCAAGUCUACCAGCCCAUGCAAAUGUCGGUGCCACCACCACAAUGGCAGCAGAUGGGCCAGCCUCAGGGCAUGCCGCCACAACACAUCCAGCAGUUCAGGCCGCCCCCAUCUAACAUCCCACCGCCGCCAUCAAACAUGCCUCAGAUGAUGAACCGGCCGCCACCACCGCCAGCUGGAAUGUCUGGUCAGCAUGUUUGGAGGGCUCCUCCACCUCCGCAACAGUUGGCUGGCAGUCAUGGUCACCCUUCUAUGAUGAUGCCACCUCCACAGCCGCCUCCUCCAUCAGGUUGAAACUUGUCUUUGUUGCUUGUCAGAUUUGUAAACGGAAAACCAGUAUAAGAACGGUACAUCUCACAUUGUGCAAGAAACAUUGUUGAGGGAUCUUGUUUUUAAUUGGUAUCAUGUGUUGAUCUUAUUUUAAUGAUAAAAGGUUUUAGAAGCUUA